GCGGCGGGUGUGUUUGAGUGAAUGAAUGUAUGAGGACUCGCGUUGAUCGCUACAGCAGCUGGGCGAUCGUGGCGAUCGUUCAAGAUGCCGCCUCUACAGCAGGGCGGUGGCUUCCAGUUCAUGCCCAAGGUUCAGCCUUUGGAUUGGGAGUCUGUGCUAGAGAUCGACGUGGAUUCAUUGCAAAACCGCUCCGCCGAUUCAGCAGAGAUGAUGGAGACUUUAGAAGAAGCGGCUCGCAAUCUUGUUCCCGUGAAGAUCGAUGUCGACUCCUCAGAGGUCACUGUGGACAGAGCUGUCCACCUCGCAAAACUGCUGCAGCUUUGUCUCGAAUACACGGUGGAGAUGGCUUCCGACUCUAUGGGAGAGAUGGCGAACGAGAUAGACAAGCUGAAGGAGGAUUUGAACGAGUCUCGUGAGGAGGGAAAGGACCCGCAGGGCAAGGUCAGCCGCCUGGAAGUCGAGGUGGCUGAUCUGACCCAGGAUCUUCAAGAUGCUUUACAGAAGCUUGACGACUACGAGCAAGAGAUCGAUCUGUUGCGGGCAGAGUUAGCGGAGGCGAAGGUAGAUGAGGAGCAACGCGUCCUGGAGACGGAGCUGCGGCGGGAGAUGGACGACCUGCGAUCCAAGAACGAUCGUCUUCAGAACGAACUAGAGAAGGCUGAGAGCACCGUCGAGAUGGAACGGCAAAGGUCGGAAAGACUAGAGCAGGAGCUUCGAGAGGAAAGAAGCCAGUUGAGAAGCCUGAGGGAUCAGUGCAAGCACUUGGAGGAGGAAGUGGCAGAUUUGCGUGGGCAGCUGAGCCUGGAGCAGAAGAUGCUGCAGACCAAGGAGGAGGACGAUAGAGACUUGAUGUUCAAGCUGCAGGCGAAGAACAGAGAUCUCGAGCGCUAUCAUCGAGAGAACAAGCUGCUGGAAACGCACUUGGGCGAGCUGCAAGCGAAGAACGAAGAGCUGCUGGCGGAGGUGCUGCAGCUAAGUGAUAACAUCGUGCAGCUGGACGAUGCGCAGAAGGAGAGGGAUGCCAGGAUAAGCCAGUUGGUGGCUGCAGCGGAGGAGCAGGAGAAGGAUAACCAACAGCUCAGACAGGCUAUGGGUGACCUGCAGAAAGAAGCGGCGGAGAAGAUGAUGCUUCUCGAGCAGUUCGAGCAGAGGUUUGCGCAGAUGACCAAGGAAUGGGCGUCGCGGGAGGCUGAGCUGCUGAAGAAGAACCAGGAGCUGCAGACCGAAGCGGAUGGGUUAAGACGACGUCUGGAGGAGCAGUUCAUGAUGCUGGACGACGAAUUCAGGAGGAGAGGGGAUGAUGCUGUGGUCAGGGAAAAACAGAAAAAGCUCGGCGAUCCUGAAUAUGGAGAAGGCGGGAAUCGAGUGGGAGAGGAGUUGAGGGAACUGAGGCUGCAGCUGAGGCAGCAACAGGGGAAGGAGGUGCUGCUGCUCGAAGCGUACGAGCAGCUGGAGAAGGAUCGAGAGGAUGAGAUUGCAGCCGCGCUGGCGAGACAAAAGGGGCUGAUGGAGAAGCGAGAAAGGGAGAGGAGGGAGCUGAUGGACGACCUAGAGGCGGAAAGAAAGCGGUACGCGCAGCUUGAUAACUCGCUCGUGGAGGCGCAGACGGAGAGAGACGAGGCUGUGUCGCGCCUGGCAGACUACGAGGCGGGUGUGUAUGGGUUGUCCGCAGCCAUGGCGGAGGUGCGCAAGCUGAAGCGUCUUGCGCGGGAGGGGGAGGACGAACUGCACUCGUGUAUGAAGAAGCUCAGCGAGAGCGAGCAGAGGAUGGAAGAGCUGAUCGAGGAGAACUUGCGUCUGAGAGAGAUGGCAGGAAUUGCCGAUGACACCGUGCUGAACUUGGGCGAUUUCCGAUUACGAAAGGACAUAGAACUGGAAGAGCUCCGCGCUCUCAACGCGCAGUUGGAGAAGGAGGUGUUUGAUCUGGAAGAGGAGAGAGCCGAGCUCAAGCACGAACUUCGUUUCCGUGUCAAGCACCACGGCAUGGUGGCUGCGCAGAUGGGACUUACAUCCAAGCAAUUAGCGAGGCUAGAGAAGUAUGCAGAAUGGCUAAGGUAUGGGAGAGUGCGGAAUGGGGCGACGACAGCAGAAAGCCGAUCACUUUGGGAGGGCGAUAUGGAAGUGGAGGAGGAGGAGGAGGAGGAGGUGGCCAGAGUCGCAGAGCGAGACAGCAGAAGUCGAGGUGUCAUGUCUGUUGUCCAGUGGAAAGAGGACGGAGGGUCCCAACAAAACCGGGACAAGUGGGGAUGGGCAAGCGAGGGGUUGCCCUCCAACUAUAGCAACAAUAUACCCAGAUCGAGGGACGGGCAAGGAGGAGUAGGGGUAGCAGAACUGCUGAGAGAGAGAGUGAUCACGAUAUUGGAGAGGUUAUGGAGGUACGGGGAUUGGCUCAUGUCGAACAACAAGGGGCAAGGGAAGCGGAGGAGGCGUAACAGGGAGAACAGAGGGGUCGAUGAGGACGAUUGGGACCGGAAAGAACAGCGAGGCACGGGGGCUGACAGAGUAAGGGAGCACGAAUGGGAGGGGGUGAAGGCAGAGAUCGGCGAGGUGCUGAAGCUCCUCCGACAGAGCCCAGCCGCCGCCGACCGCGGAGGCAGAAAGAAAACAGGAAGAAAGAGAGUGAGGGAGAGAGAGAUGAAGGAUGAGGAACGGGAGAAUCGGAAGCGGCUUUUGGGGGUGAAAGCGAGCGCAGGAAAGUUAUUGCGCUUAGAGCUAGCUGAGAAGACGACAGUGGGUUCGGGCACAAUAACCGACGAGUCUGCUGGGACAGGAGGAGGAGGAGGGGUGGCAACGGAGAUGGUGGAGGCAAGCCCGAAACAGGUGAAGAGGAAAGAGGACGUAGUAGAGCCUCACAGGGGAGAGGUUGAGAAGAUCGUACAGGGAGAACAGAGAAGUGGUGGAGUCGGAUCGAACGGCGAUGGUGCCGCAUGCAAGAAGACCCAGAGGAAGGGUGAUGUUGCUUGGCUGCAAUCGCAAUUGAUUAAGGCUCUCGAACAGGUUGGAGCGAAGGAUGAAAUGCUGACAUCUGCCUGGUCGGAUAUGGAGAAGUAUAAAGAGGAGAUGCUGCAGCUGUGCAAUCAGCGGAGCAUGUUGUACAGGGAGUACAUUGGGGAGAGGGAGAAGUGGAAGACGGAGAGGCAGAGACUGGAGAGGGAGGUCGAGGAGUCCAAACAGGCGGCAGAAGAAGCGCGUGCGGCAGCGGAAGAGUGGGAGAGAGCGGCUGCGCGGAGCGCAUCUGCUGAUGGGAGCGAAGAGGCGAGGAAGGGGGAGGAGGGAGCAAGGACCAGUGGUGGGGGGAGGUCUAGUCGAGAGGUGGCGCUGAUUCGACGUACAGUAGUUCUGCAGGUGAAACUCAUCAGGAUGGGAAGGAGCUUAGCGGCAGCAAGAGAAGGGGAGGCGGCAGCAAGGAGGAAAGCAGAGGAGGCGGAAGAAGAAUGCAGAGAGGUGGAGUCGUACGUAAGACCUUAUAUCAAUUAUUUGGAGAGUGCGAGGGACGAAGGGCAGCAUAGGAGAAGGGUCCUCGAGAGGAAAUUGGCAGAGAGCAUAGGGAAGCAAGAGUAUGAAGACGUUGUGAGACAGCUCCUGAAGGCCAGACAAGAGGUUAAGAAGUGGAUGGAAGAGAAGAUGUCAUGGGUGAGUGACCAAAGCGGCAGCGAAGUAGAUAAACAGCAGAAGCGAGACUCCUCUAGACCUGCACAAGGUGAGGAGGAGAUCGAACACUGGAAGUCCCAAUGCGAAGAGCUGAAGAGGGUAUUACUGGCGCUAGAGAAGAAGGGAGGGAAUGGAGUUGUUGGCGCAAAGGCAGAGAAGGCGGUGAGGGAGGGAGGUGAGUUGGCCGUGCUCAGAGUAAGCGAAGCUGCGAGCAAGAAGAGGGAGGAGAGAGCAGUCAGGGAGAGGGAGAUGGCGAUGCAGCUGAAGGAAGUGGCAGAGGGGCGAGUCAAGGAAGUGGAAGGGCAGCUGAGGGAGAUGGCGCGCCAGCUCCACGCUACCCUCGAAGCGGAACGGGAGGCGAGGAAAGGCGGGGCACAGGAGUUGGUGGACAAGAAGGAAUACAUCCAAGUGGUGGAGAUGAUCGAGCAACUUCAAGCACGGCUUCUGAAGGCCGAGAGCGAAGCACGGAAAUGGGAACAAGAGGCGUCUGCCUCCGAUUCCCGAUUGAACGCGGUGGUGGCGAACGAGACGAAGGCGAAGGCGGAGAUCCAGGAUCUGAGGGCCGCUCUGCGCGACCUGGAGCAGAUCAGCGAUGGAAGUGCGGAGCUGGGAAAGAUGCACGAGCGAAUGAUCCGAAUUAGACAGAAGGAGAUCACUCUCCGACGGCAGCUGGAUCGUGUGGAGGCUGAAAGACGACGCCUGAAAGAAACUAACAUGCGACUCCUUCAUAAAAUCGACGACAAGGAAGCCGAACUGUUUCGUUGUCAGGAGAACGCACGCGCGGAGAGAACGGAUAAUCUGCGGCUCAUCGGACGGCUGCAAGCCGCGCUUGCGUGGCAAGUGGAGGGGGAAACCGCCCGGAGAUGGUGUCGUGAGCUGCUGCAGACGAAGGCAAAGUGUGAGCAGAUGGAAAAGGAAAUGACAACGAGGAACGAGGAAAUCGAGUCGUUGCGCAGGAAGCUCGAGGAAGCCGAGGGAGACGCUGAGAGAGCGAAAGAGAUGGACAAGCUGAUGGCGGAGGACAAAACGAUCCCAGAAGUGUACAAGCACAACGUCCAGCUAAGUCAGCAAACGCUCAGCCUAAAGCUGACGAUCGCCAGGCAAGAGAGGGAGCUUGAGAAGCUCAGGGAAGGCGUUGCUUUUCUAGAGAAGUCGGACAAGGAGAGAGAGGAGAGAAUCAGGGCUGGAGAAGAGGAAGCCAUGAGGGAGAGAGAGAGACUGCAGAGGGAGUCCCGGGAGUCUCGGGCUCGAGUCGCAGCCGUGGAAGAGGAACUCAUGGCCAUCCGACGGGAUAGGGAUUUGAUGGCCACGCAGCUGAAGAUGUUGGAGCGCAAGGGAGCUAUCUCGGUGCGGGAAGUUGAUGGUCAAAAUGCUGCUGGCCCCAGGGAAGGAAAGCUGCAGGCUGAGCUGAGGGAGCUUCUCCGAGAAACAGAGGAAAACCGGCGAACCAUGUUUGCUCAGAUCGAGACGAUCAGCAAAUUGAAGUACGAGCGCGAACAGGCCCUGUACAAGGUAUCCGACUUGGAGAUGUUGGUGGCGGAGAAGCAGGCUUUGCUUAGAAAUGCGGAUCAGGACCGGCAGAACCUGCUUGCACGCCUCGAGAGGCAAAUUGAGCAGAUGCCGCUGUGCGCCACUUGUCACCCCCCCGAGCGUCAUGAUGCUUUACAGAAGCAAAGCCAGACUCCUCCGAGACAGGGCGAUCUUCUGAGGCCUGGAAGGGGAAGGAGCGAUGAAAUAGGGUCAGAAGAGGAGGUGAGGUUGGGAGAGGGCACGAGUGUGGUGGCCAAGCAAGUGGCCGUUGUCGCCCAGGCGACAGUGGACAGACUCCAAAGGAAGGUGAGGGAGAAGGAGGAAGAGCUGAAGAGCGUGAGGGAGGCGAUGUCGGAAAUGAGGAGAAAAGCGAUGGAGGAUAUUGAGAAAUCCAGAGAGACUAUCGACCGGCUGAAUCAGGCACUGUUUAAGAGAAAGGAACGAGGGAUCAAGAGCAUGAAAGAAGCUCUCCUAAGUCUGAGCAAAAACGUUAGAGGGAGAGCCUCCUCCUCCUCCUCCUCUUGGAAGAAGAUGCCCUCGAAAUCAUCGAGAAGAGUCCUUGCCUGGGAGGAAGGGCAUCGGCGUGGGCGAAGGGGAGGGGACCGGGUAGAGGAGGAAGACCCUCGGGCAACGGAGUCUCCGGAGGGGGGAAGUAACAGCCACAGUUCUGAGCCAUCGCCCCCUUCAUCGUCUCUGACUUCGCGCUCAGCUCCGCCCACUCCGAGCGGUAGGAAGAUGCGAGGCCAGUUCUCUGGAGUGCAGCGACAAGAUGACCAGUCCGCUCGGCCUCUUUCUGCACCAAACUCUCCCACCCGUGGGAGACUUCAGCACCUGGUUCCAGCGGGAAGCAGAGGUGCUGCUGAUCAGGGCAAGGGAGAAGAUGGAGGAGGGGUUGGCCGAGGAGAGACACGUGAGGAAGGAGAAGUGAGGCACGUAGGGGGUCGAUGGGGGCUGGUAGCACCAGAUGCCAUGCAGAAAAAAGUUCUUCAAUGGAAGGCCAGGUGUCAUGUUCUGGAGAAGAAACUUGCCAAAGUGAAGUUGGCCAGAUCAACGGAUCUUGCUCGCUUGGUCCAGGAGCUGGAGUUGGAGAGGCUGAAGGGAACGUCCAAGGUGGCUGAUCUGUUGGUCUCGAAGAUGAAAACCCAGCUUGUCGAAAAGGAGGAGAAGAUCCAACGCUUGCACGUGGCCAUCAAGGAGUUGGAAGCAAAGCUGGCUCUGACUGCACCUCAUAAGACAGGAGGGGUUGCGACCGCUGCAAGUGCCAGUGGCUCCAUAGAGGUGCCACAGAAAAUUCCAGAUCCUGUGGAGGCUCAGGUUCUUGCUCAGGAGGCCUCAGCUAUGUCACUGCAACUGGAGCGUGCGCGAAACGAUAUCGAUCGGUGGAAGAAGAUUGCCGAAGACAGGAAGGAGAGGUGUGCAAGAUUGGAGAAGGAGCUCGCACAAGAGAGGCAAACCACCGCCAAUGCCUCAGCGGUCAGGUCUCGUGCCUCCGCAAAUGUAGGUGUCGUCACCACCAAUUUUGGUAAUCAAGGAAACAAAGGAGAGGCACACACUUCGUUGCAGAGAGGGAGGGAGCCGAGUAGUGUCCUGGACUUGCGAGUAACAGAGCUGGAGAAGAGGAUUAAGGUGCUGACGGAGCAGAACAGGAAACUUAGGAUGCGAGUGAGAGAGGAGGGCGGUGAAGAAGAGAUCAGAGGCGUGCCAGGAGUAAUGGGUUCCGCUUGGGAGGGAAGGAGGAGGACAAGUGGUGGACUGGGUGCUCCCCCUAGGAAAGACACCGCUGCUCAAUACAAACCGCCUAGCGAUGCAGGCCUAGGAAGGGAGGUCCAAAGGGAGAGAGUGCAUACAGUGGAGAAGAAACGGGGAAAUAAGACAGGGGAAUCCUUGAAAGGGGUUUUGGCAGGUCUCGCUGGAGGCAAUAACGAUGUCAUAGAGAGAUGGGAGGAGGAGAAAAAGUUAAGGAAGAGGGUAGAUAUGAUGCGAUCGAGGCUGAUGGAAAGCAGGAGGGAAGCCGAGGAGCAUGCAAGCCGAGCAAGGCAGGCGGAUGAUACCGUGAAGCUUCUCGAGACAGAGAAGAACAAACUCAGAGAAAGGAUACGGGCAUUGGAGGCGGCGAGCAGAGCCGCUGGAGCUCCGAGGUUUACCGAGAGCACCGCAGACAGAAUCAAAGAGAUACUCGCACAGAUGAAGGAAGUUGAAGUGGAGAACGAGAAGUUACGAAGAGAAGCGAUGGUGGAGAAAGAGGCUGAGAUAAAUCGGCUGAAGAGAGAGGUUGAAGCUUUGCGUCUCAGUGCAGACGGUAAUGCAGAAAGGGACAGCAAGCAACGGGCGACCUCGUCUCCUUCUGCCAGCCGAGGAGUAGAUGCUCGACGGUCGGAGCCACUGGUGGAAGUAGAGGAAGAGGAGAGGCUGAUGAGAUGGCAGGAACUCGAGAAGGAGGUGGAAGACGGACGGAAGGCCAGGCAAGAGUUAGAGGACCGAAUUUUAGCGAGAGAUAACGCGAACUUGGAGCUGAGAUUCGAGAAGGAACAAGCCUUGCUGGAAGGCAGCAGGCUCAGAGCACGACUCAAGUGUCUGUUCGAUGAGGAGCUUUGGCCGUUGUCAGCAGGCAAAGCUGGGGUGGAGCCAGGUGGUGGAUCUAGCACACGUGUCACCCGCAGUGCAAGUGGUGCUAUCGCCUCUGCUGAAGGAAAGGGGUCAACCCAUGGGGGAGGGAGAGUUAGCAGUUGUUCUGGGAGAGGUUCGCGGGAACUGGAGUUGGAAGCUGUGGUGGAGAGUCUGACGAAGGUUGUCGAGAAACUGAGGACUGAGAAUGAAGGACUGAAGAAGAACGUUGCCAGCAAUGCAAAGUACAUGGACGUGUUGAACAAAAACAAAGAGCUCAAGAAAAAGGUGGGAGACCUGACUGAGGAAGUUGAGAAGGUGAGAGAGGACAGAAGAGGGGCAGAGGAAGUGAGGAGAAGAAGCGUGAGAUUGGAAGAAACUAACACGAGUUUGCGCAAACAACUGAGAAAGGAAAGAGAAGAGAUCAAGCGACUGAAUAGAGCUGUGCAAGAUGCAGAGAGGGAAAGGAGGGCAGCCGAGACUAGAAUACCACCCACAAGAGAUGGUGAGGACGAACAGGAUAGGGUUGGAGAAUCGGAUCAGAUGAUUAGGAUCGUCCAGUCGCUAGAGGAACAACUGCAGUCUGGCAGCGAUGAGAUUAGGAGGCUGAAGGAAGAAUUGGCAGCAAGAGGGGAGAUGAUUGAGCAGCUUAGGGAAGAGGUAGAUAGGAGAGAGGACGAGCUGGACCUGCUAAAUGGAGAAUUAGCAAUUCGAAGCGCAGUGGAGUCUCAGGAGCUACAGGAGUUGGUGGGCAAGUUGACAGAACGCGUAGCCGAUCUAGAGAGGGAGAAGGAGCUACUUUUAGCGGAUACAACAGGUGAUGAAUUUCCGGGUGCCCCGGCCACAAUAGAGGCGUCAGCAGCAGGGCCUUCGCAUGCAAGGUUGCUGCAGAACGCCAGGAAGGAGGUGGCCAAGUGGAAAGGAAGGUAUGCACAAGUUGUAAAAGAGCUGGAACGUGUUAGGACUGAGAACGAGCGCCUCAAGGAGGAUCUGGAGGCCCUGGACCCUGGCUUCUUCGAAGAGAUAGAAGAUCUGAGGACGGAUCACCAGCGGCUGUCCCAGAUGUGCAAGGAGUACGAGGUGUUGCUGGCAAACUAUGCCAGGCGGCUUGGGGUACCCUUUGCACAAACCACUUUCUAAUCCGGGAUAUAGAGGGGGAAGCAGGACGGAAUAGAUCUUAAAGAUGGAUGGAAGUGUGUGAGGUAUCACAGAAAUGGGAUGCAUUCUCGAAGCAGGCGGUGAACAGUGAAGCAAGCAGCAGGGACAGGGGUUCAAGGGGGAUUUCCAGCGACAGGCAAGCAAGCAACAGGGCCAAGAGGAAUGCCCAGGGGCCAAGGGCAAGGGAACUUGUCUCUGCAGGUGUAGCGAAUCGUGCCAGUAGACACAGCAUUUUCCUGAUAGCAGCCAUUAUGCUUGAUGUCAUACCGCCAUUGGGGUUCCCGCUGGUAGUUGGCUCGAGGGCUUCUGGGAUCGCACUACACUCCCGGGAGCCCUGCCUGCCUUCAACAAACAAGUUGCAAAAACGCAACUUGGAGUGGGAGAUGGCUUGGAAGGCCCACUCAGACAAAACCUGAGGUCCAUCUGCAUGGUAAAUUUCAGCAAGUCUCUUUGCGUAUAUGUUGAGGGGUAUUGGCAUCCCUAAACUGCUAAGCAACAGGGUUGCCUUCUACCAGAACACAUCACUGCUUGUAGGGUUAUUAUAGUGAUUGGGCUCAGUAAAGGUGCAAUGGUCUG